GCGCACCCGCGUAACUAGAGCGCGCACACCGGAAGCGGCGCGCGUGUGCGCGUCCACGCUGCGGACUUGUGACAGCACAAAACCCGGAGGAGCAGAGAGAUGGACUGUGUAGUGAUCUGGUGAAAAAAAAGAGAGAGAGAGAGAGAGAGAAAGCACAGAGAAGAGAAAGCAGGAGAGCUUUGGAGCUGAGGCUGAAGUUGAUCAGGAGAGAGAGGGUUUAUUUCUGCUUCCGGUGCAUUUUGGGAUUUGACCCAUCGCAGAGCUGCAUGUGUGAGUGUACGCCCAGCAAUGGAACCCUGGCCUAUAGUGGCCUGGUUCUUAAUGCUGACUUUCAUCGCUGACUGGCUAAAGACUGUGCGGUCAAGAGACUUUACAAAAAAGGACAUUAUUUUUCUCCAUCCCUCUACUACUCCAUAUCCAGGAGGAUUCAAGUGUUUUACGUGUGAGGAAGCGGCUGACAAUUACGAGUGUAAUCGCUGGGCACCAGAUGUGUAUUGCCCACAAGAGACUAAAUAUUGUUAUACACAUCACAAGCUGGACUGGGGUGGAAACACGGUGUCGGUGACGAAGCGCUGUGUCGCACUGGACGACUGUCUCACUACCGGCUGCACUGACAUGGACCAUGAAGGAAACAGGGUGUGUGUUUCCUGUUGUGAGGGAAACAUCUGUAACAUGCCUCUCCCAAGGAAUGAAACGGACGCCAUCUUUGCCACUACAUCACCCCUGAAUGGCAGCAACCAUGCUGCUCUGGAUCAUACACUGCUCCUCUCCUUCAUCCUCAUCCUCCUCCUCAGCCAUGGCUGAUCCUUUACUGUGCACUGCUUGUUAAUGGAUGAUCAACUAACCUGGUUCUUUGCUUCAGAUAUUACAGUAAUACAAUUGUGAAAUUGCUUUAACGUAACACACAGCCCUUCCCAUGGGUGUCGAGAUGGCAACAUGGAUAAGUGGCGGAGGUAAUGGCCAGCCUCAAAGCCCUUUUUGAUUAGGAUUUACAAACACUAGUCAUUUUUAAGACCUUAAACUCACAUUAUUUUAGUGUUACACUUCUAGUAACAAAUUACAGUGGAUCCUUUUGAGCUGGAAAGAACAUGAGGGGUAAGAAACAGAGGAACAAACAGUGGUUUAUGCAUUAAUGAGCAAUAACUGGAAAAAAAAACUGUGGCUGGAUCAAUUUUUAGAUCAACCUCCUGCAAAUGAAGUGUAAUUUGUUUUUCAUCAGCUGUUCUACAGUUUUCUUUGCUACCUUUGCUGCUAAAGCAUCCUAUGUAUAAGAAGUCAUUCUUGUAUAAAAGUAGACUUUUGAAGCUCAGGCUUCAUGAGCAGCAUGUAUUAACCUGUCAAAAUGUAGGCCUCUGCCUUUUACCACACUGAGUAUAUGGAGGAACCGGCGGAGGAAUCCGGGAUCAUAUUUAUUGUUAAACGGAAACAAAACUGUACAUUUUGUGCCAUGAAUCAUAAUUUAGAUAUGUAUUUAUUUCUUUUACCAUACAUGUCUGGUAGGACGCUGACAUUAAAGCGCAAUACGUAAACAAUAGGUCACCACAUGAACCUAGGAGUGCAACCCGUGUGAACAUUCUUUUAAACCCACCAACAAUUUUUUUUCAGUCAUGAACGUUUCUUCAUGAGCAAACAAAAAAAAAAAGCCUUAACGUGCUGCACUUAUUUAUCAUUUUCAUUUUGCUGUCACAUGAUGUUUUAUAAUCAUUCAUCAUCAACUGUUAUAAAGCACUUGUGUACAGAUGUAUGUGUAAGAUACGCAUGUUGAGAAUCGUAGUGUUCGUGUUAAAUUUUGAAUCCGUUUUUAAGCCACUGGUGGCUCAUGUGGUAUAAACGGUGUAUGUGGCCCUUUACCCUUUGUGUGGGUUUAUUUUAUCUGUGCUAGACAUUCCGCUGAAGGCUAUUAAUGUUACUGUGACAUGUUACCAGUUCAUCGCUUUGUCGGUGCUCAUAAACAAAAAAAAAAAAAAAAAAAAAAAAAAACGUGCAGUGUUUGCAGCUACAGUGUUAUUGUUCGUUUUGGAUUUAUGAUUUGUUUAGGCGAACUGCCCAGGACUGGAAAGAAGUUGUUUCCUUUCAGAAUAUAAAUGCCAAGCAUGGAACAUUUUGUUCCAUAAACUGCAAUUUUUUUUUGACUCUGUAAAACAAAGGGCAUGAUCGUUACCCAUAGUUAACAGAAGGGCUAACACAAUCUCUCGUGUCUUCAGUGUCGCUCAGGUAAUCGCGUACCAUAGAAGAAGACCGUGCCAGUUACACAUUGUGCAUAAAAUGGAGUGUGCCUAACAGAAAAACCCUGCAGGACCAAAAUAUUGUGCAUGAAUCAUGUUCUACGUGCUAAGCUGUAUGCCAAGUUUGAUACAAUUUUUUUUUUUUUUUUUUAAAGAAGUUUGUAUUUUUUUUGUAAAUGAGUGUACAUACUUUUGAAUAUAUUAAAGAACACAGUAAAAUUUGC